CUCCUUCCCUCCUCUCCUCCUGCAAUAUGCUUCUAAAUGAUCGCAGUCCUCCUCCUCUUCCCCGGUUCUCGGUGUUUUGAGUAGAAAACCCCAGGAGCCGCUGAGCUGUGCUGAUGCUGCAGAGUCCGCUCCUCUCUGCUCCCUCCAUCCUGCUCCUCUCGCUCCCUCUCUCUCUCUGCGUCCUCCUUCUCUCCAGCAUGAUUUUCAUUAAAAGCUGUCAGUGCGGGUUUUUGCUGCGGAGCCGCGGAUCUUCCUCCUCCUCCUCCUCCUCCUUCUCCUCCUCCUCCUCCUCCUCCUCCUCCUGCGGGCUGCUCCGCUCGACGCUGAAAACCAACACCAAGAGGAUACGGAUGUUGACCAAGACAACAUAGUCUAUUAAUAUUUCAGAGAUACUGUAAAGCGAUAUUAGAAUUAAAGCCAAGUUGCGGGGCGGACGUUCCACCUCCUGUUCUCCACCUCAGCGCAGGUCAGAUGAAGCUGUGAGGGGAGGAUGUUCAUCUCGGAGAUGAUGGAGAUGAUGGUGAUGAUGGUGAUGAUGGUGAUGAUGGUGAUGGAGAGGGAGGCUUUGCACAGCUCCUGGUCUCUUUAGGAGCUUCUGCCCUCCGACCUGCCCCACCUCCCUCCCCACUUCCUCACACCACUUCCUCUUCCUGUCUGCCCAACCCCCCCAGGAAGGAUGACUGUGGUGUCCACAGACAACAUGGAUGAGACCUCCACCCUCCCGGGUCAUCCACAGGACCUCUACCCGCCCGAUGACGACCACGAUGACCACGACUGCUGCGAGCGGGUCGUCAUCAACAUCUCGGGGCUGCGCUUCGAGACCCAGCUCAAAACCCUCGCCCAGUUCCCGGAAACCCUCCUCGGGAACCCUAAGAAGAGGAUGCGCUACUUCGACCCCUUACGAAACGAGUAUUUCUUUGACCGGAACCGACCAAGCUUUGACGCCAUCUUGUAUUAUUACCAAUCCGGGGGACGGCUGAGAAGACCGGUCAACGUGCCUCUGGAUAUGUUCUCAGAGGAGAUUAAAUUCUACGAACUCGGCGCAGAGGCUAUGGAGAAAUUUCGUGAGGACGAGGGGUUUAUUCGGGAAGAGGAGCGCCCCCUGCCGGAGAAGGAGUUCCAGCGGCAGAUCUGGCUCCUCUUCGAGCAUCCGGAGAGUUCCGGCCCGGCGCGGGGGAUCGCCAUCGUCUCUGUGAUGGUUAUUCUUAUUUCAAUAGUCAUAUUUUGUUUGGAGACACUACCUGAGCUGAAGGAGGACGCCAGCGGCCGCAUGCAGGUGGUAGGAAACACGACUGUAUUUUAUAAACCCAACGUCCUCACGGACCCGUUCUUUGUGGUGGAGACGCUGUGCAUCAUCUGGUUUUCCUUUGAGUUGAUAGUUCGCUUUUUCGCUUGCCCCAGCAAAGCGGCGUUCUUUAAAAACAUGAUGAACUCUAUCGACAUUGUGGCUAUAAUCCCGUACUUCAUCACACUUGGCACAGAGCUGGCGGACGACCAAGAGAACAAGGAGGGUAAAGGAGGAGGGGAGCAGGCCACGUCUCUGGCCAUUCUCAGGGUGAUCCGCCUGGUGAGGGUCUUCAGGAUCUUUAAACUGUCCCGACACUCCAAGGGGCUCCAGAUUCUGGGGCAAACUCUGAAGGCCAGCAUGCGGGAGCUGGGCCUGCUCAUCUUCUUCCUCUUUAUCGGCGUGAUUUUGUUCUCCAGCGCCGUGUACUUCGCAGAGGCCGAGGAGAAGGAGUCGUUCUUCACCAGCAUCCCGGACGCUUUCUGGUGGGCGGUGGUGUCUAUGACGACCGUCGGCUACGGGGACAUGUACCCCGUGACCAUCGGAGGGAAGAUCGUGGGCUCGCUGUGCGCCAUCGCCGGCGUGUUAACCAUCGCGCUGCCGGUGCCGGUCAUCGUGUCCAACUUCAACUACUUCUACCACCGGGAGACGGAAGGCGAGGAACAGGCCCAGCUGCUCAACGUUAGCAACCAGAACCUGGCGUCGGACACCAACUCGAGUCGCCGCAGCUCGUCGGUGGUCAGCAAGUCGGAGUACAUGGAGAUAGACGAGGACAUGAACAACAGCAUCGAUAACUUUAGGGAAGCGAACCUUAGAACUGCCAACUGCACGGCUCCGAGCCAGAACUGUGUGAACAAGGGGAAACUUCUCACCGACGUGUGAGGCCGCGUCUGUCGCACCAGUACUGGAGCUUUAGGAUAAGAAGACGUGCUAAUGAAACGAGGCCCAGCUGAGAGUGAGGAACCUGUCGGAGGACGACUCCCGGAGGAGACACGUUGCAGUGGAUUACAGUGGACACGUGUUCUUCUGCGGCACAUCCAGGGAACUUUUACCUCGACGCCAGAUGUUGAUUGAAGUGUUUCAGGCACCUUAUGAGACACAAAGGAGACGUGUGCCGAGCGGAGGAUUAUCUGCACUGCUGCUACAGGUCGGCUGGAGGUUCCCUGUACGAUGCCAUGCAACGCUCCUUUAUAUAAAAGCAUGUGGAGACUCUCUUCUCUCUUAUAUCGGCAUGCACAAGAUGUUACCUCAUUUUUAUUUUUACAGUCCUUUCUUCUUUGACCUUCAUCUUCUCCUUUCGGAUUUUUUCUCUCAUUUGUUUUCACCAAAGUGCACUGCUAUUUAUUAUUGUUUAAUUUAUUUCAAAGCAUUUAAGUGUUGAAUGUUAAAAAUCAUUAUGGGAACAGGAACACUUCUUUUUCGAAGAUCACGGCAUGUCAGAAUACUAAAGCAUUAUGGCCUAAUUAGCUAUGGUAUAGCUACGUAUACUCAAUGCAUGAUGUCAGUAUUUAAUUGCUUGCAGUUGUGGAGGGACCUCGGAGCUGGGGACGAUCCUGCUCCUCACUAUUGUCAAGCUAACAACAGGAUAUGGUGCAUGACGGAGCUGAAGGCCGGACGGGACAAAAAAGAGAAAAACAACAACAAAAAAAUCACAAGAGACAAAUCUCUUUAAAAAAAGACAUUUCAGAAGUUACAUCCUCCUCUUGGGUUUGUUUAAAGCUCUGAUCUUUGACGAUGAAGUGCAUGGGAUCAUUUGAUGUGAUUUGUGACCUCGUUUGCCAUUUGAUCUUUUAUUUAAAAAGUUUCAAGAAGGAAAGCAGUAGUGUUUAACAAAUUUCAGAGAUAUUAUCUAAAAUUAGUUUCUAGUGCCUUCAACCCCGUCUCAUUAUUGAAUUGACUAAAGUGCCUCCCGUUACAACAGAAGACAAAGAGCUUACAGUGUGCAGCUUCACUUCUCCUGCCAUCAAGAUGCACUACUCCCUGCACAUCUGGAAAACAAGAGGGGUCCAUGUACACUAUGAAAAUAUUCCUUAUUCAUGGGCCACAGUUAUUGGACCUAACUCCUGGUUGAUGACACACGGCUGCGGAGCACGAUUAACAGACCGAUGCUUUCAAAUCAGGAAGUUGAAAAGACAAAGGUUGUUUUCUCACAUGUGUGAGUUGGAGAUUCUCUGUUUAUUUCCUUCAGUAUUAUAAUUGUGACGAUGACACGUCACCAUCAUCGUGGUAGAGACGUCGUAAACGUCAGUGAAGCAAAGUGUGUCACAAACACCGGGAGCCUCCGAAUACUUUCAACUUCAAACUCUACAUGAAUCAUGUCGUCCAAACUGAAGCAGACACAUGAGUCAGUUGCUGGAUCAGCUGUUGUAGCUGACAGAUGCUAACUGCGAAGCAAUUUACUGAGAAAUCUGGUUAUUGGCUAAUGAAGCUAGCUGUUUUAUUAGCCAUCUGGCAAUUUACCAAUUUAAAGUCUUGUCACUGACUUCAGGCCAAAGUAGAAACCGACAUUAGCCCCUGAACUAGAAGCUGAUAGGAGCCGGUAGCUUUUAACAUGAUCAACAUUUGAUUGACAGCAGAUUUCUGUUUGAACAGAAGUAAAACUCAGAAUCUAAAAGUCUUAAGAGGUUUUGUGUGGUUUGUGACAGCAGCUGAGUGUUGGGUCCUUUGAGCUGUUUGGAUUAACAUGGUUCAGAUCAUGUUCUGAAGCUAAUUCAGGCUCCUAAUUACUGUCUUUACUUCACUUGGACAAUUUGAAAUGACUAAUGGGAGUUAGCUUGGAGAGCUCUGGAGACCUUGGCCCAGUACGUCAUUCUGCUGAUGGUGCUGGGGACUAUUUUCAGUGGUGGAUGGAUUUGCAGCAGCAGUGUGUGUGUUCAUGGUGAUGAAGGAGCAUGUCACUGAUCACUGAUCUGUGUUUCUGAUAUUUGUACUGGAUUUCACUCUGUACACGACAUUUAAAAUGUUAGGAAUGUUUUGAAAUGUCACCAGAUUUAUAUUUUUUAACGUUAAAUAUUGUCAGUUGCAAAAACUUGCACAUGACCUCAGCGUCCUCAGCUCAACAAACUUAGAGACAGACUCAGAUCUGCAGCGUAAUCAGCAGCAACAGCUUCUCCUGCUCUCGCUGCCGGAGGCGACUGUGAGCUGAGCUGAACAGCGCCCCCUGGCUGCUCUCAACACUGCCACUGUCUGGUUACUGGGACCAAUAUCUUCUGCUGAAUAUCAGAUCUGCUCUCUGUAGAAUCCUCUGGACACAUGCUAAUAUGUGUGGGUCACAAACACGAGUCUUGAGUCACGAGCUGUUUUGUGGUUCAUCUCCCUCACUGCUGCUGCUUCUCAGAAAGAGCUGCAGUGACGUGUGAUCCCGACUCGGCAGCUCAGCGAUCGAGGCUGAAGAAAUGAGACAAUAAGAGAUUUGAAGGAUGCUGCUGCUGUGCAGAGAUGUGAUGGACGUGAGGGUCGGUGUUUCCUCUGCAGAGCUGCUGAACAUCACCACAGGCGCUAGUCUCUCUACACGCCUGCAAAAUGGCGCUGCUGCUGCUGCUGUGUUGUUUUGCAGUGAGAGCGGAGCACAUGUCUGUGUGAGGGAGUUUCCUGUGGACGACGAGACGAUGGAAUCACUGACCCUGAAGCUGCUGAGACACUCAGUGCUCACUGAGGCUGACGUGAACUAAAGGAAUCCACAUUGAAUGUGCUUUAGUGUCUUACAUUUCCAUUUUGUGCAAAUCACUGCUGGAGUGAAACUGUCUCUUAUGUGUUCAUCCUGAAUGUUCCACAUUUUCAUGGUGCUCACUUUUAUCAACGUGACCUUUUAAUUCACCUCUGACUUCUCUAAACUCAAGUAGGGAUUUGUUUACAGGGAGGACAUCUUUAUUUCUUAACCUAUCGGAUUAGUAAGAAGAUGAGCUCUAAUGACUUGUUGCUCCUGGAGGUUUUUUCAGUGGUGUCAUAUAAUUCUUUCUGUGCUGAAGUUGAUACAAAACUGAGGAUUUGAAUUGUUCCGUAACAGAACUAUUAUCACAUGACCUCAUGUAGAGGGUCCAAAAGAUCUGGAGGACCACUUCUCUCUGGAUCCGUCCUGCAGCUUGUCUGUGCGGAAGCUUAUUAUGAACAAUGGUUGUAUUUUGUUUGGUGACCCCUAGUGGCUGCAGUUGUUAUGACAGGAGCAAAGAGGGAAGUCAGGUGACAUUGUGUAUCCGCGACUGUUUCCCAACGUUAACCACGUUUUGUCACGUAACCAUGGAAACACACAUCCUGUGAAAUCUGUAAAUCCUGUGAAGCUGCUGUGAGUGAUUGACGUCAUCGUGCAUGUUCAUCUCAACUGGGACGUGUGGUUUGACUGGUUUUACUGGCCAGUGCAAUGAGAAUCAGCUGUGUGUCAUCAACCUGUUGAAAAGGCCCAUUCUACAAACUGCUGUUGAACGUGUGAUGAAAAAAAUCCCUUUAAUCAAAGAAGUAAAGAAUAAAACCAGGUGCUACGUGUUCAACACGUUCCACAGGAGGGCAAAUUAGAAACUUCACAUUUUCUUGACAACUCUUUCAAAUUCGUGACUCGAAUCCACAUCAGGGUAGUCGGCCGUCUUGUGGUUUUAAUUUCUGUCUGUUCACAUUCGUGGUGUUUUCACUGUAGAACACUGAAGGGACCAAAUAAUGUUUUCUAGUCGUUUCUUAUCAUCAGAGCAGCUCAACGGACGAAGAUUCACAAAACAGGAACCGUUUUGUAGAUGGACGCUCGUGUGUCAUUUCUUUUUUAGAAAAUCAUUUUGUUUGAUAUGCAGCAAACAGGGGAAAUCACUGGCCCUUUCAAAUUAAAGUCCAGGAUUUUUAUUUACACAGAAUAUUGUCAUUUUACAAGCUUUCAACUGCCAAGUGUCAACUGCUGAAUCGAUUUCUCCUCGUGUGAUUUAUCUCUGAUCGGCUGCAUAUCAACCACUUCUCCUACACGUGUUCUGUUCACAGGAUAUUUGGAAAAUCAUUUUUCAUUGUUGACAUGUGUGAUCAAUGUAGAGUUGAAGAAAAGAUUGUAGGAAUCACUUAAAUCACUUAAAGCUGCAUUAGUUGAUUUUAGCAAACCUGUAAAUGGAAGAACCGGGAAAUUCAUCAAUCAAUUGAAAAACUAUAAGAGUAAAAAAGAUUAGUGCAGCUUUAACUGACACUUUUAUUUCAGCAUUUCAGAGAAAUUCUGAAAAAAAGAAACUGUGCAUCGUGUUUCACAAGUUUUCAAAGUGAAGUUUUUUUAAAUGUCACAACUCUGAUGAUGAUGAUGAUGAUGAUGAUGAUGAUGAUGAUGAUGAUGCACAGACGAAUUUCAGGUAUGAAAAUAGUCUUGAGGUGCAAAGACAAAGUGACGUCUCAUCGUGCACGAGGGACAUGAUCAUAUCAUUAAAAUAAAUGAGCGCUGCUGCGAUGAGACGUCAUCAUCAGUGUUAUCGUCGCUCCACGGUUUCUCUCUUCAGAACAUCGUUUUUUUAAGGCUCUAUUUUUAGCCGGAGGUUUAUUUCGGGACUCGCUGGUUCAGUUCGUCUGUUCCCUCUCGUCCGAACUCACCGUGAGAAGCCAAAGUCUCGUCCUGACCACGACGACUGAAACAAGAAAAGAGAAUAAAUGAAUAUGUAAAAAAUGAAAUGUGCUCAUCACUGGGUUGUUUAAAACCCCGGAGUCGCUCACUUUGCAGUCCACUCUCUUUCUUCAUGGUUCUCGCUGCCGUGCGCAGUGUCUGUCAUCUGUUGGUGAGGCAUCAUCGUCUGUAACCUAUGCAAGGUUAGUCGACAAGUUAUGUCCAUUCUGACGUCAUCAUAUUACAACAGUUUCAAUAAAUUUUGAAAGAUAUGA